UGGUGGUAAGAUAGCAGAGUCACUCUUGGUGUGGCCACGUGAGCACGUCGCACUUAAGUAACCGGGUGUCCCUCAGGUCAGCCUGUGAUAAAACCCAAGUCAAACAAGGCUGAAUCCGGGGUGUUUUAUGCCCUACGGAUCUCCAAAGUGUUCACGGCCAGCCCUGACCCUCAAGACCUCACAUGGUCAUCUAAGCAGUAACAUAAAUGGGUGUCAACUUGUUCUCGGACCAUUGCUGUGUGGUGGGACCGGGGAAGGACCGUUUUGCCACAAAGGAACCCAUGUCUCUCUAGGCACUUGAAACGAGGGGGAGCACUGUGAGUCCUCAGACAGGCAACCCAACUGCAGUGGCUAUAUGCCCGAGGCUGACAAAUUCUGUGUCUUCUCACGCCGUGGAGCACUGUCAGCCCCAAGGAAUUGAGAAACAACUUGCCUUCCAAAACUCUGCAUCUCAGCAGAACCUUGACAAUGCCAACAGCUCGUCAUCUCGUGUUUUUCAACCCUCUAGAAAAUGGCCUUCCAGCCUGGGACAAGCCAAAGCACUGUCCAGACCGAGAGCAGGACUGGAAGCUGGUAGGAAUGUCUGAAGCCUGCAUGCACAGAAAGAGCCACGCAGAGAGGCGCAGCGCGUUGAAAAAUGAACAGUCGUCGCCGCACCUCAUCCCGGCCACUUGGACGAGUUCCAUCUUCCACCUGGACCACGAUGAUGUGAAUGACCAGAGUGUCUCGAGCGCCCAGACCUUCCAGACGGAAGAGAAGAAGUGCAAAGGGUACAUUCCCAGUUACCUGGAUAAGGACGAGCUCUGUGUAGUGUGUGGAGACAAAGCCACCGGCUAUCACUAUCGCUGCAUCACGUGCGAAGGCUGCAAGGGUUUCUUUAGGAGAACCAUUCAGAAAAAUCUCCAUCCAUCCUAUUCCUGUAAAUAUGAAGGAAAGUGUGUCAUAGACAAAGUCACGCGAAAUCAGUGCCAGGAAUGUCGCUUUAAGAAAUGCAUCUAUGUUGGCAUGGCAACAGAUUUGGUGCUGGACGACAGCAAGAGGCUGGCCAAGAGGAAGCUGAUCGAAGAAAACCGGGAGAAGCGCCGGCGGGAGGAGCUGCAGAAGUCCAUCGGGCACAAGCCGGAGCCCACGGACGAGGAGUGGGAGCUCAUCAAAACCGUCACCGAAGCCCACGUGGCCACCAACGCCCAGGGGAGCCACUGGAAGCAGAAGCGGAAGUUCCUGCCGGAAGACAUUGGACAGGCACCCAUCGUGAAUGCCCCGGAGGGUGGAAAGGUCGACUUGGAAGCCUUCAGCCAUUUUACAAAAAUCAUCACACCAGCAAUUACCAGAGUGGUGGAUUUUGCCAAAAAGUUGCCUAUGUUUUGUGAGCUGCCAUGUGAAGACCAGAUAAUCCUCCUGAAAGGCUGCUGCAUGGAGAUCAUGUCCCUCCGCGCUGCUGUGCGCUACGACCCAGAAAGUGAGACUUUGACCUUGAAUGGGGAAAUGGCAGUGACCCGGGGCCAGCUGAAAAACGGGGGUCUUGGGGUGGUGUCGGACGCCAUCUUUGACCUGGGCAUGUCUCUGUCUUCUUUCAACCUGGAUGACACUGAAGUGGCCCUCCUUCAGGCCGUCCUGCUGAUGUCUUCAGAUCGCCCAGGCCUCGCCUGCGUGGAGAGGAUAGAGAAAUACCAAGACAGUUUCCUGCUGGCCUUUGAACACUAUAUCAAUUACCGAAAACACCACGUGACACACUUUUGGCCAAAACUCCUGAUGAAGGUGACUGACCUGCGGAUGAUCGGGGCAUGCCACGCCAGCCGCUUCCUGCACAUGAAGGUGGAGUGCCCCACGGAACUCUUCCCGCCCUUGUUCCUCGAAGUGUUCGAGGACUAGACUGACGGCGUCCAUUCCCACGAUCCCACAGCACGACUGGGUGUCAUCCAUUCCAUGGCCUAGCUCUUCUUUGUCUGUUUUUCUGUGUCUUCGCGUCGGGAGGGACGGUCUGGGAGGGGAAGGGGAGGUCGUCCUUGGCAUAGACACGGAUGGAAUCGCCCCUGGGAUGCGGUCCUCGUAGCCAUGGCAUUUCGCUCUCCGGUCCUUUGAUGUGAAUGCUUUGAAGGUUUCGCAGUUGUGGAGGUAGGGUUGGGGAUGGCAUAAACUCACCAGCACCAAGCAUCACCAGCUCCCUGGUCAGAGACUCGAGCCAGCAAAAUGGCACUGCGGGACACGAGAGAGGCCUUAAAACCGAGAGGACGCGGUGGUCUCCAGCCAGUCCUGAUUUUUGCAGGACUCGAGUGAGCAGAGCGCAGACCACCUUUGGCGAGAUGUGGCUUUCGACUUUUUAGGAAAAAACUCGAACAAAUUUUCGUCUAUUCAAGAGCACGCUGUUUCCAGGACUCUUUAGUCUCUCCUAGAGAAUGUACAGGAAUCUUUGUGUCCUAAAAAAAAAUCAUCUGUUCUUUUGAUAUCUUUUUUACAACCUUAUGAUUUAAUUCAAGUUAUACAGCGGCAUGAGUCAAGGAUGUGCAGGUAUCUGACAGACUGAAAGCAACAAGGAAAAUAACUUUCUUCAGUGAGACCAGAAAAAUUAGAACUCUUCACCAAAGUCAGUGUCAUGGUUUCCAAAAACCCACUUAGUAUUUCCUCCCAGUCAGAAGGCUUCUUGACAAUUUAGGCCCCGAGAACAUUUCCACAGAAAUCACACCCGUUGACAGGGUGGCAUCCCUUUUCGGUGGCAUCUCCUCUGUCAUUCCCCACGCUCCGGAAGCUGUUUAUCCUGGUUGCACCUUUGCUGCGCUGACGACAGAUUUCCCUACGGAUCACAUCUUCUCGGCGAGGAGGAAUAACAAGCGGACGUUUGGGUCUUGUUCUGGAGGAAUUCUGAGUUGAAGGAAAUGCAGUGUUCUGAGAGCCCCUUCACAUCUGAUGGCUUGAGGAUGUUUCCUUCUGGGCUUAGAUCCUCAAGUGCUUUGCUUUAUUCGCAAAAGUCCCCAAGUCCCCUUCUUCCCUCCGACUCUGAGGCACUAAAUAGCUUGACCACCUCUAAACAAAGACUGGCCCUGCCACUCACCCUCCUGUCCCUUAUAUCACUCUAACAGAUACGCAACAGAAAACACCUGCAGACCCUGUGCUCAAGCACGUACCUUCCAGCCCAACCUGCCUCCCAGUGACCCACACUGGAGUAGCUUGUGCCCAGAAGACAAACGGUAACCCUCAACACUUCAAUGUCAGAAGAUGGGCAAAGAAUGUACCCAUGAAACUGAAUGUAUCUUAUUCUUCACUGGCAGAGUAGAUAGAAACUAUUCUUUUGCCUGCCUUCUACUGCCUUAUCCUGGAAAUAUUGGGGGAAAAUAAGCCAUACCAGUGAGAUUUACCUAAAAACAAAGGAAUGAAAGUCACUGUGAAAACCAAGUGGACUGGUUGUUUUUUUUUAAUUUUGGUGGAACAUGAACUGGCCCAGAAGUCCAGAUACCUGAGUUCUAGUCUCUGCUCUGUUCACCAGUAGAUUUGUAACCUUAAGUCUUGGUUUUCUCACCAAGUGAAUAAAUUGUGCUCUCGAAAGUCCUUCCCACCCUUAAUAUUGUGUGAAUUUCAGAGGUGGGAGAGGAAUCUGGUUCUUUGUUUGUUCCUUUCGUAUUCAAAUUUCUAGCUUUAUGAGACAAAAAGUAUGGCCCACUUAGUUCAGGAAUCUAUAUUUGGUAUUGAAUCAAAAUAAGAAUUCAACACAAUACUAGUCAACUAUUUAGAGGCCUCGGACAAAGAAGAACAUCCUUGAAGAUCCCAAGUGUGACUGGAAAUAAUCGGGGAGAAAUUUGAAUAUUCAAUACACUAAAGCAACCUUAUUGGCUUCUAGGGAAAAGGAGACAAGAACAUCAUUAGGGGACUUGUUGUUAGCCAGAGAAAGAAAAGCAGUGAAGAAAUUAAAAUGAUAAGCACGAAGUUCAUGGCAGGUUGCCUGCUUGACUUCACAGACAGAUUUGGUUUGGUUUGGUUUUAUCUAGGCAGCCUCUUGCCAGUCUCCUCAAGCGCUCACUGUGUCAACCUCUUAGCUCCCUCUCUCUUAGGUCUUCUUGGAGAACUACUCUUUGAAAGAGGAACGCUCAUCCACCUCUACGCUUCAAGUUAACACUGAGAAACUUUGUUAUCUAGGGCAAGGUCUCCUGCCCAAGGGAAAAAGAGGAAGCUGGGCAGGCAGGUACUUGACAGGUUCACAGACUCCUGGGCAUCUGGUCUUCUGGGGGAUGUUGUCUCAUAUUGUUUGACAAAUUCCUCAGUAUAUCAGACACCCAGAUUCAAAUGUCAGUACAGAGCCUGAUGUCAAGCCAAAUCAAAAUGCUUUGGGGACUGACCAUGAUUGGAAUUGGUCAAAUGGCCUAGUGUAUCUACUGUCACCUAGCCAGCCCCAAGUCAAGGAAGGUUUGAUCCUUGGCUCCUUAAAUGAUUGCCUUAAACAGGCAAAUUGCUGGUCUAGAAAUCAUGUUGAAGGCUUUAUGCUGAGUAGGACAAGCCUUAGAGUACUUCAGGUUGGAAGGAAAGAUUAUAAGGACCCAAAGGAUCAUGGCCCUGGUAUUCAAAGCAACAAAACUUGUUCCUUCUGAAACUGACAGAGGUACUUAGUGCAUCUCAAGACUCCAUCUCAUAAAAUUCAUUUGAGGGACUUGCUCUGGAUUUUUAAAACAUUUUUUCACGUAUUGUCCAGACUUUCAAAUCAUGUAUGGACCUGAUGGAAACACUCUUCACCCCUGCCCCCCAUGGUGGGGAGACCUCCCAGGACAGGGGAACAGACCUGUCACACUGGGAUUCUUAUUUAUAUAUAAAUCCCUCCACUUCUAGGGACAAGUGGUAUGGGGUGUGUGUGUGUGUGCCUGUGUGCGCGUGUGUUUGUAACCCUCAAGUGUACUUUGCUCUUCGAUUUAGAUGUGCAGUAUUUCCAGAAAUAGUGAAAAAAGUAAGAUCUGUCCUUCUUUAUGAUUCUGCUCCAAACACCACGUGCCGCCUCAGAGCUUUUUCUAGUCAAAUGAGCCUCGGUCCUCAAUGACGCGCUUGACGUGUUGACACCUCAGCCCAGCGACGCCCCCCCUUCCCCGAGUGACAACUCUUCAGUAUGCAGAGCAGUGACGGGGUGGACCACCAGGCCCCAACUCUGCACCCGCAAUGCCAGACUCCUUGCUCCUCCAUGAACAGGGGUAACGGCCUCACCCCCCCACCACGCUCGGCCCCCCACGAACUCAGCCUCCGAGGAGCACCCUCCAAGCAUGUCCUUGUCAGUGGUACCUUUUAUCCUCUGGAACUCAAACCUAUUCAUGUCCUAUUGACCUUUUGCUGCAUGAGUCAUAAAUUAUGAAAUUGGUCUUAUGGUUUUGGAAAUGUAGCCAGCAUUUGUAAGGCUAAACCUUUUUCAUGAACUGAAUUUAAGUGAAUAACCAAGCCACAGUUCCUCAUCAGGAGAGUGAUGACAGACAUUUGAUUCUCUCUGCCCUUUCCAAUGGCUUUGGCAUCAGGUUCUAAAAUAAGCUCGUAAUUUUUCCUGUUAUUUUAAUAAUAUGGAAAUAUUAGCAUAGUGUUUCUUUUGAUAGUGAUAGGCUAUAAUCCAUAUUUAAAUUUUAUAGAGAAGAAAUUUUAUUGUACUGUGAUGUAGAUAUUUAUUAUCCAGGUAAGGAUUUGCCUGGUGUGUAUUUUUUACAAUUGAGACAUUUUACUUUAAUCUUUAAAAAAAAUACAUUAAAAACAUACACACUCAAAAAAAAAAAAAAACAGACUGGGGGAAAAAAAAGGUUUGGCCUUAUCACAGAAUUUUUACUGUGCUGUAUAAAUGUUUGCAAAUGCAAAAAGUGUGCAUUUCUAGUGUGUUUCCACAUUAAUUAAUGCCGCCUUCAAGAGCAAUAUCGUGCAGGUAAAACGCUGUUUGUGGCUUUCUGUUGCACAGUUAAAGCUGACCCAACUUAUGCACAAGACAAUCAAAUACAAAUCUGUCCUCCUCAGGAUGCAAAGAAUACUCGUGUAAAUUAUAAAGCACAAUGUAGACAGAAGAAGACACUUUACACAUGUGUUGUCGAUAGAGGAAUUGUCAGGGCAUGAACAAGCAGACACAACAUUACACUUCUUUCUCUUGAUCCUCCUUUAUUCAUCUGGCAUUUUUAAUUUGACCAUAGAGCCAAGUUCGUUCUCCAUCCUUUCCUCAGAAGAAACACUUUUUUUUUUUCCCCAAAAAAAUGUUUUCAUGCCCUGAAAGUCAGACAAAUACUAUAAAAUAGAAAAAGACUUACAGUCAUUGGAAGAUUUGUGUUUUGCAAACAGUGUUAAGUGAUAUUGCUAGAUGGUAAUAUUUUUUUCAGCCUAAAACUCUGUUGACAUCUGUGAUCAAAAUGUUUUAAACUAUCCAAAAAGAAAAUUUGUAUAUUUGGGAAAAAAUGGAUUUUUACAUAGCUUUUGUAUGCAGAUAUAAAAUUGUAAUUAUGAAUAUAGUGGGCGUAGAUAAACUCAUAAGCUUAAAUCCUAAAAAAGGAAAAAAGAAAAAGCUUAUAACAGA